UUUACAAAGCUCGAUGAUGCCCAAGCCGCUGGUACACGUGAGAGCAACAAGUGCGUGCUCAUCCUAACGGAGGGAGACUCGGCCAAGACCCUUGCUGUCAGCGGACUCAGUGACGUAGGUCGCAAGUACUUGGGGGUGUUCCCUUUACGAAGCAAGCUGCUUAAUAUCCAGCAGGCGUCCGGUUCGGUCGUUGCGGCCAACGCGGAGGUCCAGAACCUAAUCAAAAUUCUGGGGCUCAAAAAAAGAUGA